AUGGUCAUAUCCAAGAAAAAGAUUGUUUUUGCAUUGGCUCUCAUAGCUAUUAUAUGUAUUGUCAUGAACAAAACUGAAGCCGAAAGCAUAGGGAGUGGAGCUAUGAGCAAAGAUGAAAUGGGUUGCAACCCGCCAAAUUGCCAUAAGCAACAGGCUAAUCCAUAUAAACCGGGUUGUGAUCCUAUCGAAAGAUGUCGUGGUGGUUGA